AUGAAGCCAGUACAGCUCCUUACACUCGCCUCAGCCCUCUCACACGGCACCCUCGCCUGCGUAGAGCACCUCCUCCAAGAGCGAGCCCCAGGCCCCAACGCCAUGGCCCGCAGACAACAGCCCAGUCCACGUACAAAAACAGCCAUCAAGAACGUCCACGUCUUCGACGGCACCAAGCUCACUCCCCUACAAACCAUCAUCAUCGACGGCUCACACAUUAGCAACGACACCAGCGGCAUCGAAACCACAGUCGAUGGCCACGGCGGCGUCCUAAUCCCCGGCCUCAUCGACAGCCACGUCCACGUCUCCGACAUCGCCGGCCUCGAAACCCUGACUUCAUACGGCGUGACCACCGCCGUGGUCAUGUCCUGCCGGAACUACACCCAGUGCGCACCCCUCCGCAACCUCGAGGGCGUGGCAUCCUUCCUCUCGGCCGGCAUCCCCGCCACGGGCCCCGGCAGCCAACACUCGCGCACGUUCAACCUCACCGCGCCAUAUCUCAUCUACCCAGACGCGAAUGCCACCGAGGUCGUGUCGUACACCUUUGGCAACGGCUCCGACUUUUACAAAAUCACCGCCGAGGCCAACGGGCCAAGCCAGGCGCUGCAGAACUCGCUCGUCGAGGCCGUUCACAACCUUGGCAAGCAGUCGAUGACGCAUGCUGCUGAUCUCGAUGCCUGGGCACAGGCAGCCGUUUCUGGCACGGACGGGAUCCAGCAUAUUCCUACAAACGGCCGCAUCAACGCUUCGAAUGUUAUGACCGUUCGGAAGUCCCCUCAUACCUGGAGCACUCCCACUAUGAAUAUUGCGAGAUAUGCGUUUUCGAACCCUGUCCUGUUACAGUUUCUUGGUCAUAAGAUUGGUGGUCCGGACAGUUACGAGAAUGUCUACGAGAACGUCAAGGCCAUUCAUGCUGCUGGGAUCCCGAUCUUGGCAGGCACAGAUGCCGUUGGAACCAUCAAUGCCAACAUUUCUGUGCCGUUUGGCCUCACUUUGCACUUUGAGCUGGAGAAUCUCGUCGAGGCAGGUUUGACGACGGUGGAAGCCCUGCGUGCGGCAACUGAGCUCGCAGCUCAACACCACAAGCUGACAGACAGGGGCAAGAUCGCGCCCGGCAUGCGGGCUGAUCUGGUUCUGCUUAACAGCAACCCGCUAGCAAACAUUUCGAACACGCGGGAUAUUGCCAAGUGUACGUUGCUUAUUUUCUACCGUGUUCCUUUUGUCUAG